CUCUGUCUCUGUCUGCAGAAAGCCACCUCUCCCUCCUGUACCACCUCACCGCGGUGUCCUCGCCUGCCCCGGGGACACCUGCCUUCUGGGUGUCCGGCUGGCUGGGCCCGCAGCAGUACCUGAGCUAUGACAGCCUGAGGGGCCAGGCGGAGCCCUGUGGAGCUUGGGUCUGGGAAAACCAAGUGUCCUGGUAUUGGGAGAAAGAGACCACAGAUCUGAGGAUCAAGGAGAAGCUCUUUCUGGAAGCUUUCAAAGCUUUGGGGGGAAAAGGCCCCUACACUCUGCAGGGCCUGCUGGGCUGUGAACUGAGCCCUGACAACACCUCGGUGCCCACCGCCAAGUUCGCCCUGAACGGCGAGGAGUUCAUGAAUUUCGACCUCAAGCAGGGCACCUGGGGUGGGGACUGGCCCGAGGCCCUGGCUAUCAGUAAGCGGUGGCAGCAGCAGGACAAGGCGGCCAACAAGGAGCUCACCUUCCUGCUAUUCUCCUGCCCACACCGGCUGCGGGAGCACCUGGAGAGGGGCCGUGGAAACCUGGAGUGGAAGGAGCCCCCCUCCAUGCGCCUGAAGGCCCGACCCGGCAACCCUGGCUUUUCCGUGCUUACCUGCAGCGCCUUCUCCUUCUACCCUCCGGAACUGCAACUUCGGUUCCUGCGGAAUGGGCUGGCCGCUGGCACCGGCCAGGGCGACUUCGGCCCCAACAGUGACGGCUCCUUCCAUGCCUCGUCGUCACUAACAGUCAAAAGUGGCGAUGAGCACCACUACUGCUGCAUCGUGCAGCACGCGGGGCUGGCGCAGCCCCUCAGGGUGGAGCUGGAAACUCCAGCCAAGUCCUCGGUGCUCGUGGUGGGAAUCGUCGUCGGUGUCUUGCUACUCACGGCAGCGGCUGUAGGAGGAGCUCUGUUGUGGAGAAGGAUGAGGAGUGGGCUGCCAGCCCCUUGGAUCUCCCUCCGUGGAGAUGACACCGGGUCCCUCCUGCCCACCCCGGGGGAGGCCCAGGAUGCUGAUUCGAAGGAUAUAAAUGUGAUCCCAGCCACUGCCUGACCAUCCGCCAUUCCGACUGCUAAAAGCGAAUGUAGUCAGGCCCCUUUUAUGCUGUGAGACCUCGUGGAACACUGGCAUCUCUGAGCCUCCAGAAGGGGUCCUGGGCCCUGUUGUCCUCCCUCUGGAGCCCCGUCCUGUGGUCUGCCUCAGUUUCCCCUCCUAAUACAUAUGGCUCUUUUCCACCUCGAUAAUAUAACACGAGUUUGGGCCCGAA